GAAACGACCAUAGGGAUAAGAUGGACACCAAAACUUCAUGGAGUUUUGCCAGAAAGGGUUCCAGAUAAUAUUGAUAUGAUGAUAAAAAUUGGAUGAGAAAAAGAAUGGUUCAGUAUCAUGGGGAUAGAGCAGCAAGAAAACCGUAGAGAAAGAAGGGAGAUUGAGGAAUAUUAGGAGAUCAAAAGCCAAGACUUACCCUAACUCCACUCUUGGCCAAGCCUCUACUCCUCCUAUACUUGCACAGUUGAACAAAGUCUCCAACCAAAAUGUGGUUCCACUUCUCACUAGUUUCUCACUCAUCUCUCUCUCCCUCUCUUUCUCUCUCCUCUCUCUCUCUCCUCUGUUUCUUAAAUGUGUGGCUAAUAUUUAAAUAAAAGGGGCAGGUUCUUAUAUAUUAAUUACCAUUUCAAUGAGCGUAAGUAAAUAAGGCAACAGUUGAAAGUUUUGCAGUCACAAGUUAAUCGUUUCUUUUUCUUCUACUUGUGACUUUGAUUUUCUUUCUUCCUUCUUCUUGUUUGUUUUGUUUUUUGUUGAAAAAAACUAUGCACCAAUUAGGUGUGAAGAAAAGCAGCAAUCUUCUUCUGGGUUCUGGUUCUGCUGCACAGGCAAACUCUGCCGGCAAUGCCCAGCCUCUUUGCCCUAAGCCUCGAAGAGUUGGCCCUGCCAUGCCUGAAUUCCUCAACCCUAUAAGAUGUAACAAUCACAGCCAAAAAAUUUCCGAUGAGAGAAGUGGGGUUCUGAAUAUGAUCAGUGAAAAGGAAAUAUUUGACGGAAGGGAAUAUGUGUGCACGAAAUGCUCACCGGCGUGCUACUCAGGCUCUCCACCAGGAAGAACACACAACCCUUUGGUUCAUGAUGUGCAGUUCCUCCAUCAGAUGGAGCUUCUCUCUCCAUUUACAAGAACAAAGCUCUCAGAUAAAUUUGGUUUAAGUACGACCUCUGCCUCUCCAGUGUGAUAUAUCCUCAGAAAAAUUGUGUCCCCAACUUCUUGGAAGAAUCUUUCAGGGUUCCUUUUUUGUAGUGUGUUAAUUUUGUAUAAGCUUGUAAUUUGUUGAGUUUAAUUUGUGAGUAUCAAAUUGUAUAUAUUAUGAGAUGAUUACCCCAAAUUUGUUUUGUAUAUAUGAUUUUGAUAAUAAAAAGGCAUCUUCUUUCAAUC